UGCUCAUCAUGGAUACCAAAACUAAGCAAGCACUCUACCAUUCCACUGCGUACGAUGUCGCUGGUGAGAGCAUGAUGACGUUCAAGCCCAUUAAUGCUAUCCACCAACAUUUGUGUGGUUUCCACGUUUAUGCUCACGAUCACACUCGUCACGUUGAAGCUCAUCAUUUUUGUACACAUCGAUCCAAGGAUCUUCAUCAAUGUAUCAUCUAUGAUUCGGACGAUGCAAAUGCAAGAUUAAUUGGAAUUGAAUAUCUAGUGUCCGAGAAGGUAUUUAAAACACUACCUGAAGAAGAAAAGAGAUACUGGCAUUCUCAUAAAUAUGAGGUGGCGAGUGGGACACUGCAACUUGAGAGCAAGCCAUUGGUUCCUGGCAUCGUAGAUGACAUGGCAGAACAGCCAGCCAUGUUGGAGCUAUAUCAGACCUAUGGUAAAACUAUCCAUACAUGGCCAUUUGACACAUCACCGGAGCUUCCUCUUGGUCCCCCCAAUCUAAUGAUGGCGUACACCCAGGAUGGUCAAGUAGCUGCAGAUAAGCUGAAGGCGAGGGAGGAGAGAACGGGUGUAUCUAUCGAGGCGAAGAAGAAGUUACGCGCGGGGUAUCUUCCUCCCUAUGAACGUGCAGAAGGGGCGGAUCAGUGGGAAAAUAGUGGGAAAGGUAUUAGCUUCAAUGCUAAAGAAGUUGAGAUCAAGAAGUGAACAAUUGCAAAUGUAUGAACCGUUAUCCAUCCGAUGUAUUCUUACUGUAAAGUAUUACAUGCGAAAUUAGUGCCAGUCUUUCUGAGAGCAUGAAGUUACCAC